AUGGGAGGCCGGCUUCCAAAGCCUUGGUGCAGGGCGUUUUCAACUGAUGAAAUGCCAGAGGAAGUUCAUCAAGCACCCAGGCGUGCAGGUCUCACUCGGCAAAGUAAGGGCUUUGACGAGUUGGCAUUUGACAAGCCGCUACUGGCGGAUUCCGUGGACUUGCGUGGCAGCUGGGAUGAAACCACCAUGCCAAGGAGCAACGUGCCCACAGCGGAGUCCUCCAAACAAGCUGAGUUCGUUCUGCCUGACCGCCGGGCUGUGGCAGCUGCGCUUCAGCGGGCGGAGGCAGUGCCCGCCUUGCUGACGGGCCCUCGGGAGGUGCGGCGCGCACCGCUGGCCCCUCCAAGGCUUCAAGUUGAAGAAGACUGGCCGGAGGAGGCCAGGGCAGAGUUCCUUCUGGCGUUCCAGCAGCAGAUGGAUGCCAUCAGAGAGGAAGAUGAGAAGAAGGCCAAACAGGAGCGACAGGAGCUUUGGGAAACAAUUGUUCAUCACCUGGUUGGCCAAUGGCAGGGCGAUGGACAAGACUUCACUGUGCAGCAGGUUGGUGACGCACUGAAAGUGCGAAGAGAACGCGGUGGCUCACGCCAAAGUGCGGAGGCAACGCUAUGGCUGGACAACAGAGGAAGAGUUGUCUGGGGCAAGCACCAGUCUGUCCUAGUGCGAAGCAUCGGAUCCAAAGAGAUCCAGUGGUGCCGCAGGACCGUGGGCAAAUCGCAGCCCAUCAGAUGCGGGCCCGUCGUUGCCAGGAAUGGCCAGGUGCUGCGCUGGCAGAAAUUGACAGAGGACUCUGUUGAGAAGCAUCGCUUUUCGCGCUGGUUUUCAGUGCGAUGGGAGUCGCUGGCAAAGCCUAAAGGCCCUCAGAAACGCCUCGCUGAGGUCGAACGAAAACUGGGAGAACUGAUAUUGUACGAAGCCCAACGUUAUCACAACAAGCACCUCUGCUUUCUGCCCAAAGCUGUGCAGAACAGGGCCUUGUGGGAUGAGGUUUUCUCAUCUUGUGAGGCAGCAGUGAGGAACUCGGACCUCAUGCAGCUGGUGGCAGAGAUUGCUGCCUAUGAAGACUUUGUUGAUGAAGGCAACUACAAUGUGGUUCUUUCUUCUGAACAGUUCUGGCAUCGAAGCCAGCUUGGUGUCAAAGAGGCAAAUUUGCUUCUCCUAGCCACUCCGGCUUUGCAAGCCCAAGUGCUGCACACCUGGAGGCCCAAGGAGGGGCUGUCGCAGGAAGCGCGGGGCCGAGCGCUGCGGAACUUUAUGGGGCAGGUUGGGCCGCGCUUGCAGGUGUCAAGCGGAAUGAACUCCCCCCAGCUCACACGACGCCGGAAGGAGCUGCAACCACGCUGCAUUGAAACUGUGUUAGGCCUCCUGUCGCAGGCUCAGACUUUGCGUUGGUCGCGGCUGCGGCUGAUUUUCCUGAAGCGCUGA